AUGGCGAACAAGUUCAAUUCGUCUGACAGUAGGACUAGAAGUUCAGUCUCUAUUUUCAUAGUGGCCGGCCUCUGUUGUUUCUUCUACCUGCUGGGAGCAUGGCAGCGGAGUGGGUUUGGAAAAGGGGACAGUAUAGCAGUGGAGAUGACCAAAAGUGGAGAAAACUGCAACAUUCUCCCGAACCUUAACUUUGAGACCCACCACAGUGGGGAGGCCGGGAUAAUCGACGAUUCAGAUUUACAAGUGAAAGUUUAUGAGCCGUGCCAAACCCGGUUCACUGACUACACCCCGUGCCAGGACCAGGGACGGGCAAUGACUUUCCCGAGGGAGAACAUGAUAUACCGUGAGAGGCACUGCCCUCCCCAGGGGGAGAAGCUUCACUGUCUUAUUCCGGCUCCCAAAGGGUACGUGACCCCGUUUCGAUGGCCAAAGAGUCGGGAUUAUGUGCCCUAUGCGAAUGCUCCUUACAAGAGCUUGACGGUGGAGAAGGCUAUUCAGAACUGGAUUCAGUAUGAGGGGAACGUGUUCAGGUUCCCUGGUGGAGGUACUCAGUUUCCUCAGGGGGCCGACAAGUACAUUGACCAGCUUGCUUCAGUUGUGCCGAUUGAGAAUGGGACUGUCAGGACAGCUCUGGACACUGGUUGUGGGGUAGCUAGUUGGGGUGCGUAUCUAUGGAAGAGAAAUGUCAUAGCUAUGUCUUUUGCGCCAAGAGAUUCACAUGAAGCACAGGUUCAGUUUGCACUUGAAAGGGGUGUGCCUGCUGUCAUCGGUGUUUUCGGCACCAUUAAAUUGCCCUACCCAUCUAGAGCCUUUGACAUGGCUCACUGCUCACGUUGUCUCAUACCUUGGGGGAUAAAUGAUGGACUUUAUAUGAAGGAAGUUGAUCGUGUGCUUAGACCUGGUGGCUAUUGGGUGCUUUCUGGCCCUCCCAUCAACUGGAAGACAAAUUACAAGGCAUGGCAACGCCCAAUGGAGGAACUUGAGGAAGAACAAAGAAAGAUUGAAGAGGCUGCUAAACUCCUGUGCUGGGAGAAGAAGUCUGAGAAAGGUGAAAUUGCCAUAUGGCAGAAGACAAUGGAUUCUGCUGAUUGUCGUGCCAAGCAAGAAAACUCAGGAGUUUCGUUUUGCAAAUCUGAAGAUGCAGACGAUGUCUGGUACAAGAAAAUGGAGCAAUGUAUUACACCAUACGACAAUUCCAACGAUGAUGAACUUAAGCCAUUCCCGGAGAGGCUUUAUGCUGUUCCCCCAAGAAUCGCCAGUGGCUCAGUUCCUGGAGUUUCUGUGGAAGCAUACCAGGAGGACAACAAGCAGUGGAAAAAACAUGUUAGUGCAUACAAAAAGAUUAACCAGAUUCUUGAUUCUGGAAGGUACCGGAACAUUAUGGAUAUGAAUGCCGGAUUGGGAGGAUUUGCUGCUGCUCUUCAAUCUCCAAAGUUGUGGGUUAUGAAUGUUGUGCCCACCAUUUCCAAGAAAAACACCCUUGGUGUUAUUUAUGAACGAGGGUUGAUCGGCAUAUACCAUGACUGGUGUGAAGGCUUCUCCACGUAUCCAAGGACAUAUGAUCACAUUCAUGCGAAUGGUGUCUUUAGCUUGUACAAGGACAAAUGUGAUUUUGAAGACAUUUUGUUAGAGAUGGACCGUAUUUUACGACCAGAGGGGGCAGUCAUAUUCAGGGACGAGGUUGAUGUGCUCGUCAAAGUGAAGAAGAUGAUCGGCGGUAUGAAAUGGGAUUCGAAAAUGAUGGAUCAUGAAGACGGUCCCCUACUUCCGGAGAAAAUACUCGUUGCUGUUAAGCAGUACUGGGUGGGCAACUCGACUUCUUCGCAGUGA